AUGGCCCACGUGGGGGACUGUAAAUGGAUCCCCUGGCUCCCUGUCCUGGUGUCCUGUGGCUAUGGUAGCAAAGAUGACGACUAUGACUGCGUCCCAUGUCCUGCGGAGAAGUUUUCCAAAGGAGGCUACCAGAUCUGCCGGCGCCACAAAGACUGUGAGGGCUUCUUCCGGGCCACCGUGCUGACGCCGGGGGACAUGGAGAACGACGCUGAGUGCGGGCCUUGUCUCCCCGGUUACUACAUGCUGGAAAACAGACCCAGGAACAUCUACGGCAUGGUCUGCUACUCCUGCCUCCUGGCCCCUCCCAACACCAAGGAGUGUGUGGGAGCCACUUCGGGAGUCUCUGCCAACUUCCCCAGCACCUCUGGCAGCAGCACCCUCUCGCCUUUCCAGCACGCCCAUAAAGACCUCUCGAGCCAAGGACACCUGGCCACAGCCCUGAUCAUAGCCAUGUCCACCAUCUUCAUCAUGGCCAUUGCCAUUGUCCUCAUCAUCAUGUUCUACAUCAUGAAGACCAAGCCUUCUGCUCAAGCCUGCUGUACCAGCCACUCAGUGAAGAGCGUGGAAGCCCAAGUGAGCAAAGAAGAAGAGAAAAAAGAGACCCCAGACAAUGUAGUGAUUUUCUCUGAGAAGGAUGAGUUCGAGAAGCUGACAGCCACUCCAGCAAAGACUACCAAGAGUGAGAAUGACGCGUCCUCGGAGAAUGAGCAGCUGCUGAGCCGGAGCAUGGACAGUGACGAAGAGCCCGCCGUCGACAAGCAGGGCUCCCCAGAGCUGUGCUUGCUAUCGCUCGUUCACUUGACACGGGAGAAGUCUUCCCCCAGCAACAAAUCAACCGGGAUUCAGAGUCGGAGAAAAAAGAUAUUGGAUGUGUACGCCAAUGUGUGUGGUGUGGCAGAAGGUCUCAGCCCCACAGAGCUGCCCUUUGAUUGCCUGGAGAAGACCAGCCGGAUGCUCAGCUCCACGUACAACUCGGAGAAGGCUGUGGUGAAAACGUGGCGCCACCUGGCCGAGAGCUUUGGACUAAAGAGGGAUGAGAUCGGGGGCAUGACGGACGGCAUGCAGCUCUUUGACCGGAUCAGCACCGCGGGUUACAGCAUCCCGGAGCUGCUCACGAAACUGGUGCAGAUCGAGCGGCUGGAUGCCGUCGAGUCCCUGUGUGCAGACGUUCUGGAGUGGGCAGGGGUCGUGCCCCCUGCACCGCCACAACCAGCCACAUCCUGA